AGAAUUUCAACUCUCUAUAAAAUAGUCGGUUUUUUGUUUUUUGCGCUUUCGUUUCUUAUUUAGUACAAGAAGUAACAUUUCGCUGUGCAAAUGUGUCGGAUAUCGGUGUGCUGCGCUGGUUCUUGUAUAAAAGUUUAAAUAAAUUAUUGGAAGUGACUCCGAAAACCUGUACAGAUCAACCGAAUACAAUAUUAAUGAACCCGUCAAUAAAAACGUGAUCAGCUGCCAAUAUUCUAAAUCGAAACAAUGUCGUCGGAUAGAUUUCAUAAAGCCGCUAAGGAUGGGUUGCUUGACGUGUUAAGAGAAGCUAAUAAACGCGAAGUUAACCAUAAAGAUGUAGAUGGUAUGACACCAGUAUUGUGGGCUGCCUUUGAGGGCCGACUGGAUGCAUUGCGAUUAUUAGUUGGAAGAGGAGGUGAACCAGAUAAAUCAGAUCAAUUCGGUAACACCGCCUUGCAUCUAGCUGCUGCAAAGGGGCAUCUGCAAUGCGUUGACUUUCUAGUUAAAUUUGGUGUCAAUUUGUAUUCGCUAGACAUCGACCGACACAGUGCAAAGGACCUUGCAGCAAUUAAUAAUCGAGAUGACAUUUUAAGGUAUUUGGAUUCUGCAACGGCACAAUUGGAACUGAAAGACAGAAAAAAGGCGAAAAUCUUCAAAGAAAACGCCGAAAAGCAAUGUGAAAAGCGUACAAAAGAAUAUGCGAAAAAACAACAAAAACUUGACCAAACUCAAGAAAAUGAUGUACGACCGAUGCCACACCGCCCUUCAACGGUGUUAGCUGAUUGGAAACAUCGAUUAUGGUCGACCAGCCAAGGAAAUCUUAAGCAAACACAACGAGAACAAAUAACUGCCAAUGGAACGAAAUUUAGUGCUUUGGUUGGAGGUACAAUCGCUGGACGGGGCGCUGUUGAACGAAAAGCAAAUGCCAUUAAAGCUAAACAAAACAGUCUCCUACAAACGGAUUUUAAAGUUGGCGAAAUCGAACCAAGCGGUAAAAGAAGUGUUCGUUCGUUACAAGGUGUACGCAGAGACUCGGAGGUAAUUUAUGUCGGGACCUUUAGUGCAAAUGGCGAUAUUGGAAAACGUGGAAAAAUCGCAGAUGUGUUUGAAGUUGAAGACAACGAAAUUGGCGGUGAAAUUGAAAAUGAAACCGAGAAGAAGCGUGCAAAUGGAACGUACGGCACAAUGGCUAGAUCCUUCAGUCAACCGGAUUUGUUAGAAGCGAAUGAAGGUGAAGUAAGUGAAGAGGUGAUUUUACAACGUCCAUCUGGCUUGUUCGAUCGGCCAAUGCUAGGCAGUUUGGCUUUUAGGAGGUCAGUCACAGCUGCUUUAAGCGAUUUAAAUGCUGAUUCAUCCUCCGUUGGAUCAAGUAAUACAUCAACUCAUAAGGAACAUAUUAAGCCAAGAAGCUUCAAACCUAGAACGCACCUUGUAGUAUCAGAUAGUGAGUCUGAUGAUGAUGAUGGUUCCACAGACGCCGACGAACAAGAAGAUGGUCUAACGCCAUUGGAAAGGUUCUUAACCGCAUGGGGUUUAGAGGAACACAUUCACAUAUUCCAAAAACAGCAGAUCGACCUCGACACAUUAAUGCUACUAACCGAAAGUGAUUUGAAGUCAUUGCAAUUGCCACUGGGGCCGUUUAGAAAACUGGCUACAGCUAUACAAGAACGUAAAAGUGCGUUAUUAAAUCCUGGGACGAUCCAGGACAGUAGAUUGUAAUUAAUUCGAGAAAAUAAACGAAAUUCGAAGUUUCUAUCCUUUACAUCGAUUGUCUAAUAUGAACGAAUACUUG